CCCAAUAUAUCUAGCAACGUACAUGUGUUAGCCUUGGUUUCUUGCUUUACAUUCGUAUAUAUUACACUAUUAACUGAGUGCCUCUGUCUUCCCUGAUCUUCUCUUAUUUCUCCCAAGACUCACCACACUUUAAACUUGUUCAGUCAUCUGCUUGCUUUUUUCAGGCUGUUUUUUUCAGAGGAAUCUUUCCAAUUUAAUUUAGUUCAGCGGUUGGAUUAAAAAUCAGUCAAAAUGGUGAAGUUUACAGUUGAUGAGCUUCGAAGAAUUAUGGAUUUCAAGCAUAACAUUCGUAAUAUGUCUGUUAUUGCUCAUGUUGACCAUGGGAAGUCUACUCUUACGGACUCUCUUGUUGCUGCUGCUGGGAUCAUUGCUCAAGAAGCUGCUGGUGAUGUUAGAAUGACAGAUACUCGUGCUGAUGAAGCUGAGCGUGGCAUUACUAUUAAGUCUACUGGUAUCUCUCUAUACUAUGCGAUGUCAGAUGAAGCCUUGAAAAACUAUAAGGGGGAGAGGGAAGGCAAUGAGUAUCUCAUUAACCUUAUAGAUUCUCCCGGACAUGUUGACUUCUCAUCUGAAGUCACAGCUGCUCUUCGUAUUACGGAUGGUGCCCUUGUGGUUGUUGAUUGCGUGGAAGGGGUGUGCAUCCAGACAGAAACUGUACUUCGACAAGCACUUGGAGAAAGAAUUCGUCCUGUUCUAACUGUUAACAAGAUGGACAGGUGUUUCCUUGAGCUCCAGGUUGAUGGAGAGGAGGCUUAUCAGAUAUUCCAGAGAGUUAUUGAGAAUGCAAAUGUUAUAAUGGCCACAUAUGAGGAUACUCUCCUUGGAGAUGUUCAGGUUUAUCCAGAUAAAGGUACUGUUGCUUUUUCUGCUGGAUUGCAUGGAUGGGCUUUCACUCUGACUAAUUUUGCUAACAUGUAUGCUUCCAAGUUUGGUGUUGACGAGGCUAAAAUGAUGGAAAGGCUUUGGGGAGAGAAUUUUUUUGACCCUGCUACCAAGAAAUGGACCAACAAGAAUACAGGAUCACCAACAUGCAAGCGUGGUUUUGUUCAAUUCUGUUAUGAACCUAUUAAGCAAAUCAUAAACACUUGUAUGAAUGAUCAGAAAGACAAACUAUGGCCGAUGUUGCAGAAGCUUGGUGUUACCAUGAAAGGUGAAGAGAAGGAUAUGAUGGGGAAGGCAUUGAUGAAGCGUGUGAUGCAGACGUGGCUUCCUGCAAGUAAUGCUCUUCUGGAAAUGAUGGUCUUUCAUCUACCUUCACCUUCUAAGGCACAAAGAUAUCGUGUUGAGAAUUUGUAUGAGGGACCACUGGAUGAUCAGUACGCUAACGCAAUUAGGAACUGUGAUCCUAGUGGUCCUCUUAUGCUCUAUGUGUCCAAGAUGAUUCCAGCAUCUGACAAGGGAAGGUUUUUCGCCUUUGGUCGCGUUUUCUCUGGCAGCGUCUCAACUGGUUUGAAGGUCAGAAUUAUGGGUCCCAACUACAUUCCUGGACAGAAAAAGGACCUGUAUAUUAAGAAUGCGCAAAGAACUGUUAUCUGGAUGGGCAAGAAGCAAGAGACUGUGGAGGAUGUUCCUUGUGGAAACACAGUGGCUAUGGUUGGACUGGAUCAAUUUAUUACAAAGAAUGCAACUUUAACCAACGAAAAAGAAGUCGAUGCACAUCCUAUCAGGGCAAUGAAGUUCUCUGUCUCACCGGUUGUGCGUGUUGCUGUCCAAUGAAAAGUUGCAUCUGACCUUCCCAAACUUGUUGAGGGUCUCAAACGUCUUGCAAAGUCCGAUCCUAUGGUAGUCUGUACGAUUGAGGAAUCCGGGGAGCAUAUUAUAGCUGGAGCGGGUGAGCUUCAUCUUGAGAUCUGUUUGAAAGACUUGCAGGAAGACUUCAUGGGUGGUGCAGACAUUGUGAAAUCUGAUCCAGUUGUGUCAUUCCGUGAGACAGUCCUUGACAAGUCCUGUUGCACAGUGAUGAGCAAGUCCCCGAACAAGCAUAACCGUCUCUACAUGGAAGCCAGGCCCCUAGAAGGAGGACUUGCUGAGGCAAUUGAUGAGGGACGGAUUGGGCCAAGAGAUGACCCAAAGAGUCGUUCAAAAAUCCUUUCUGAGGAAUUUGGUUGGGACAAAGAUCUUGCCAAGAAAGUUUGGUGCUUUGGCCCCGAAACCACUGGCCCAAAUAUGGUGGUAGAUAUGUGCAAGGGAGUCCAAUAUCUGAAUGAAAUCAAGGAUUCUGUUAUUGCUGGUUUCCAAUGGGCUUCAAAGGAAGGUGCAAUGGCUGAAGAAAACAUGAGAGCCAUAUGCUUUGAAGUUUGCGAUGUUGUUCUCCAUGCUGAUGCUAUUCACAGAGGUGGUGGCCAGAUUAUUCCCACUGCUAGAAGAGUUAUUUAUGCUGCCCAACUUACAGCCAAGCCACGUCUUCUUGAGCCUGUAUACUCGGUGGAAAUUCAGGCUCCAGAGCAAGCACUUGGUGGUAUUUAUAGUGUUCUUAACCAGAGACGUGGACAUGUAUUCGAGGAAAUGCAGAGGCCUGGCACCCCUCUUUACAACAUUAAGGCAUACCUUCCAGUUGUCGAAUCAUUCGGGUUCUCAAGCAAUUUAAGACAAGCAACUUCUGGCCAAGCUUUCCCACAAUGUGUGUUCGAUCAUUGGGACAUGAUGUCAUCUGAUCCGAUGGAAGUUGGGUCACAGGCUCACCAGCUCGUGCUGGAUAUUCGUAAGAGAAAAGGUUUAAAGGAGCAGAUGACACCACUCUCCGAAUACGAAGACAAGUUAUAAAUUGAUGACCAAGAUUCCAACUAGUGAGCACGAUAUGAUUUGUGUAUCUGCAUAUCGAAUUUAUGAGCGCUAUACAUCUGCAUAUCCAAUUUAUCUAAUAACAUAAACAUAUAUAUACAUAUCUAGAAGUGAUGAACAUUUCAUAAGAAAUAAAGUUAUGGAUGUGAAAUGAGAAUGAAAAUAACGAAAGGCUCUUCUAUGAUUUACCAGACAUGGAAGAAAAUGAUAUAAUAUGUUUCCUUCUCUU